CGAAAACCUCCAAUCUGGACUCCAUCACGAUAACCUCACCACCAAGCCACCCAACCACAAUGGAAUCAUCAACACCCUCACCCCCCAUCACCCUCUACGACAUCGCCCACAAACCACCCGUCACCAAACACUGCUUCUCGCCCAACCCCUGGAAGAGCCGCUUCGCCCUCAACUUCAAGGGCCUCCCAUACACCACCUCCUGGGUGCGCAUGCCCGACAUCCCCCACGCCCGCCGCGAGCUCGGCCUGCCCGCUUGCCGCAAGUUUGCCGACGGCACCGACUUUUACACCCUGCCCGUCAUCAAGGACGACUCCACGGGCGCCGUUCUUGGUGACUCCUUUGACAUUGCCGUCUACCUGCAGCGCACGUAUCCCGACUCUGGCGGCGGCGACCUGUUCCCCGAGCAGACGCUUGACUAUGCCUUUGACCCGGGCUACGCCCUCGCCGUGCCGCUGUCGGAGCGCGCAGACGGCGGGCAUCCAGAGUACUACCGCUUCAACACAAACGUCGACGCCGCCUUCACCUCUCACGUCCCGCUCAUGGUGAGCCGCAUGGCCUUUGAUCCAGAGACGGAAGCGCAGACCAAGGCCGAGUUCAUCCGUCGCGCGGGCGUCAAGUCCUGGGACGACUUUACCCUGACCAGCGAGGCGCGCGACAAGUUCAUGCAGUCGUUUGAGGCCGCGCUGGGCGAUCUGGCCAAGCUUUAUCGCAGAGAUGACAGCGGGCCGUUUCUGCUGGGCAAGCAGGCGAGCUAUGCGGACUUCAUUGUCGGCGCGUGGUUGAGAAUGUCAUCCAUGUGUUUGCCUGAGAGCGAUUGGGAGGUGGUCAGGAGCUGGCAUGACGGUGUAUUUGGGAGGCUGCAUGACGGGCUGGAGGCGUAUGCCGAGGUGAAAUAG